AUGUUUCCCACACGAGCCCUCCUCGGCCGCUCCGUCUGGAAAGUCCUACCCAACUUGCCCCCGAUCCGCACGACGAAGCGCAGCGCAACCAUCCUGCCGAAUUUCGUGGGGCUGAAGUUCUCGAUCCACAAUGGCAAGACCUACCAAGAUGUGCUGAUUACGGAGGAGAUGGUGGGGCGGAAGUUGGGGGAGUUUGUGCUGACUCGCAAGCGGUUCUCGUAUAAGUUGUCAAAGAACAAGUAG